AUGGUCUGUGCCAACGACAUCCAAUUGGCACAACGAAACUCGAUAUGGUUCCAAUUUAACGUUGCAGCCAAAACUGGUUUCGCAAUCGGAAUAUUUCUUAACACCGCCAUAUUCUUCUAUCGCCUUUUCAAGAAAAAUUCCCAUUUUUCUACUUCAAUGAAUGCACUGCUUGUAUGCAACGUGUUGAGUUCAAACUUUCACUCCAUCAUCUAUGGCUAUAUUCAGAAUUGUUUGAAAAAAUAUCCAACAUUCGAUUGGUUGAAAAAUGAGACCCAAAACAAAUUUUAUAUCAAAUUCUUGAGAUCGGCAUCAAAUUCCACGAGCUCACCAAUUGUCACUCCGCAAUAA